CACGCGACAAGAGCAGAAGUGCGCCGCGAUUCCGGCUCCAAAGAACAAAACGCGUUUUUUUCCAUCCCUCGAGUGUGUGCCCCACCGCCGUCAAUUCCGGCCUUGUUGAUUUUUUAGUUUUUUGUUGAAAAAAAUAACCGGCCAUCAAAAUGUUUUGGGGACUCAUCCUGAAGACGAACAAGAAGUACUCGCAGACGGUGCAGAAGGCGUUCCAUCUGUCGCAGGCCGCGCUGGAUCUGAGCAAAAGCAAUGGCGGUGACGUGCAGGUUAUGUUAACGUCGGAGGAAAACACGUACCUGCUGUGCACCCUGGGCAAGGACCGGCCCCAGGUCGCGCUGGAUCUGAACUUUGAGGAGGGCGACCAGAUCUCGCUGGCCACGAAAGGUGACGGAAUGGUGCACCUGACGGGGUAUUUGGUGCCGAGCGAGGAGGACAUGUUCGGCGGGCUGGGGGAUGAGGAGGAAGACGAGGAAGAGGACGCCGAGCUGGAGGAGGAGGUGGCCGCACCGGCCAAGAACGGAAAGGCCGCCAAGCAGGACCGCAUCGCCAAGAAGGUGGCACAGAAGGUGAACGCCAAGGAGGUCCAGCUGGAGGAGGGCGACGAGGACGACAUGGACGAGACGUUUGAGCUGCCCAAGGGCGCCAAGAAGGCGGAAAGUGACGACGAUGAGGACGAUUCCGACGAGGACGAUUCGGAUGACGAGGGACUGGAUGAGAGCAAGGCUGACGGCGAGGAAGAUGACUCGGAUGAUGACGACGACGAUGAUGAGGAAGACGAUGAUGAUGAUGACGAUGAAGAGGACGACUCGGAGGAUGAACAGCCCAAGGCUAAGGUCGCCAAGGUCGAGAAGAAGCCCGCCAAGCAGAACGGCGUUGAAAACGGCAAAGCCUCGUCGAAGGAGCUGAAGAAGGAGGACAAGUCCGCGGGCCAGAAGGAGGAAGCCGGCAAGACGCGCACCCUGCAGGGUGGACUGGUCGUCGAAGAUCUGAAGGUCGGCGGUGGCGUCGAGGCCAAGCCCGGCAAGAAGGUCGCCGUGUACUACGAGGGUCGCCUCAAGAAGAACAACAAAGUGUUCGAUUCCUCGUCCAAGGGACCCGGCUUCAAGUUCGCGCUCGGACGCGGCGAAGUCAUCAAGGGAUGGGACCUCGGCGUCGCCGGAAUGAAGGUCGGUGGCAAGCGACGACUGACCGUGCCCCACCAGCUGGCGUACGGAACCCGAGGCAGCCCGCCGGUCAUCCCGCCCAACAGCACGCUCGUGUUUGACGUCGAGCUCAAGAACGUCUUCUAAGUUAGAAUAUCCCCCUCCCCCCUUCAGCUUAAACUUAUCGUUAAGUCGUCCCCGAAAGAGAGUACACAAUAAUUCACACACACACACCACACAAAAUGCCGUUAGCCAUAAAAACCUAAAGUCAAGUGUCGAUUUUACCAACAUUUUUUUUUUUCUAAGAGAAAAGAAGCAAAACAUCUCUCAGCAUAGCAGCAGCCGCCUCCCUUUUCAAUAUUGCUCUGUAGUGUGGUAGGAUUAUUGCUCCUUUUUGUUGUAAAAAAGUUGCACUAAUUUGUCGCACGCGCGCUCGUGCUCGUGCGGAGUGGUUUUUCUUUUUUUGAUAAGAAAGAGAGAAAGAGUAAUGUUAUUCGUCAAAUAAAUGAUAAUAAACACAAAAUGUGGAAAAUCUUAAA